AUGGCGGUGUCCAGAGGCGCCACGAGCGAUUCGGAUAGCAGCAGUAGCAGCGAUGCGGAGGUGCUGGCGCGGUGCCGCGAGGCGGCGAUGCCGGCCUGGGGCUUGGAGCAGCGCCCAAGUGGUCCGGAGAAACCUAGAGCUGAUGCUGCAAAUAACCAGCUACCAGACACCCAGCUGAGCCUCAGGCAUAAGGUGGAUGAGCACCAACAAGAUGGCAACGAGCUUCAGACUACCCCUGAAUUCCGAGCACAUAUAGCCAAGAAGCUGGGAGCCCUACUGGACAGCUCCAUUACCAUCUCAGAAAUAGAGAAGAAACCAGCAAAGGCCAAGAUUCAGAAAGCUGCCUCAGAGGAUGAUGGCUUCCGCCUUUUCUUCACGUCCAUCCCUGGUGGCCCUGAGAAGGAGCCUUCUCCCCAGCCCCGCCAGAAGCGACCACCCUCCAGCAGUGAGGACAGUGAUGAAGAGUGGCAGAGGUGCCAGGAGGCAGCUGUGUCAGCCUCUGACAUUCUCCAGGAGUCAGCCAUCCAUGGCCCUGUCAAGGUAGAAAAAGAAGCAAAGAAGCGGAAAAAGAAAGCCAAGGAGGAGACCAGCGCCAACUCUGCCAAAGCCACCACCCCAAAUGGGGAUCAGGUAUCACUUGGGAGCAAAAAGAAGAAAAGGAAGAAAAAGACAAAGACUAGUGAGGCUCCCCUAUCCCUGUCAGCAAAGAAUGCAGCAGCCAUGCUUGCAAACUGA